AUGUACAAAUUACACAGGAAACUAUCUACACCAAGGGGAUUGUCUAUUCCAAGGGGAUUGUCUACACCAAGGGAAAUUGUCUACACCAAGGGAAACUUUCUACACCAAAGGGAAAUUGCCUACACCCAAGGGAAACUAUCUACACCCAAGGGAAACUGUAUUCACCAAAGGAAACUGUCUACACCAAGGGAACUUGUCUUCACCAAGGGGAUUGUCUACACCAAGGGAAACUGUCUACACCAAGGGGAUUGUCUAUUCCAAGGGGAUUGUCUACACCAAGGGAAAUUGUCUACACCAAGGGAAACUUUCUACACCAAAGGGAAAUUGCCUACACCCAAGGGAAACUAUCUACACCCAAGGGAAACUGUAUUCACCAAAGGAAACUGUCUACACCAAGGGAACUUGUCUUCACCAAGGGGAUUGUCUACACCAAGGGAAACUGUCUACACCAAGGGAACCUGUCUACACCAAGGGAAACUGUUUACACCAAAGAUACUGUCUAGACCAAAGGAACUUGUCUUCACCAAGGGGAUUGUCUACACCAAGGGAAACUAUCUACACCAAGGGAACCCGUCUACACCAAGGGGAUUGUCUAUUCCAAGGGGAUUGUCUACACCAAGGGAAAUUGUCUACACCAAGGGAAACUUUCUACACCAAAGGGAAACUGCCUACACGCAAGGGAAACUAUCUACACCCAAGGGAAACUGUAUUCACCAAAGGAAACUGUCUACACCAAGGAGAUUGUCUACACCAAGGGGAUUGCCUACACCAAGGGAAACUGUCUACACCAAGGAAAAUUGUCUACACCAAGGGAAACUCUCUACACCAAGGGAAACAUUCUACACCAAAGGGAAACUGCCUACAUGCAAGGGAAACUAUCUACACCCAAGGGAAACUGUAUUCACCAAGGGAAACUCUCUACACCCAAGGGAACUGCCAACACCAAGGGAAAUUUUCUACACCAAAGGCAACUGUCUACACCCAAGGAAACUAUCUACACCCAAAGGAAACUGUCUACACCAAGGGAAACUUUCUACACCAAAGGCAACUGUCUACACCAAAGAAAACUAUCUACAUCCAAGGGAAAUUGUCUACACCUAG